AUGCCCGUUCGAGAGAACCCCCUUGCGGCAUUAUCGUUGGCAGUUCCGCAAAUUUUUCAGGAAUGUCAAAAGGCCACAACCAGCCACCGAAAGAAUGCGGUGGCCCUUCGAAAAUUGCAAGUAAAAUGUUCCAAAUAUGCGCCUUUAAAUUCUGACGCGUUGAAUGAUAAUGAAGAACCGACGGACGGAGAGUUGGCAUUUAAUGAAGAAUUUGUGCGAAAUUUAAACAAGGUGCUCCCAAUCAAGAAGGGGCAAUCAAAUGCCGAACGUGUUCUCAAGUUUGUGGUUUCAUUUGUGGCAUUUAGCUGCGAAAAAGACAACGAAAAGAAUGACGACAAUUCCCCCGAAAAUGAAGUCGAAGAGACAUUAUCCUCGCGAUUCACCGAAUUCCUUAUCAAACAUUUACUCAAAGGCACCGAAGCCAAAGACAAAAGUGUGAGGCUACGAGUUUGCCAACUAUUAGCUCAUAUCGUUUCCUUUCUUCGAACCAUCGACGGCGAUUUGUAUGAACAUUUAAAGGACGAAUUGACCAAGCGUCUACUUGACAAGGAAGCAGGGGUGCGAGUUAAAGCGGUCAUCGCGUAUGCGAAAUUACAAGGUGAUACCGGAAACGGAAGAGAGUGUGCCGGACAACUACUCGGAUUAUUGAAUAAUGACCCCAGCGCUGAAGUUCGGCGCGCAGUACUAUAUAACAUCGAGUAUAAUGAAGAAACGUUACCUCACAUAUUGAAUCGCGCACGUGACAUCGACGCAAAUAUUCGUUGCGGAGUGUUCACAAAGUUGAUCGAGGAACUUCGAGACUUUCGCGUAUUAUCUAUUGAGGAUCGCGAAAAGUUGCUAAAUUGGGGUCUCACGGAUAGGGAUCCUCAUGUCAAAAAGAUGUGUUCGAAGAUGCUUGCGACUAAUUGGAUCCAACAUGCAAACGAUAACCUUUUAGAGUUGCUUGAACGCCUGGAUGUCGUGGGAAGUAACGUCGCUCAAGAAGUUCUCUUAUCAAUAUUUCGAGCGCGACCGGAUAUAACGCAAGCUCUCAAUUUUGAUGAUACCUUAUGGGAAAAUUUGACGGCCGAAAGCGCCUUACUUAUGCGAGCCUUCUUCGAAUAUCACAAAGAUGACAACGGUAGACUCGAUGAAAUGAUGCCCGAGAUCACCCGACUCGCUUUUUAUAUUCAGAAAUAUAAUCAUUACAUUUUUCAAACUUCGGAAGAAGAACAGGUUAACUAUGUGUUUAUCGUCAGUCAGUUAUUGUCGAUAGCGAAGUUGAUGGAUUAUGGUGACGAAGUUGGGAUGUUUCGAAAUUCUAGCUCUAUGAUCGAAAUAAUUUCUGAUAUUCGCAAAGGGAUCGAAGAAGAGGAUGCUAUUUCACGACGCGCGAUUCAAGAUGAUCACGACCUCACGACAAAUAUGUCUCACCUCAGCAUCAACAUGUCUUCAAUGCGAUUGUCCAUGAGACAUUCCGACCAGAGAAAAGGCGAUGGUCGACUAUCUACGGCGACGAUAAGCACGGAGGAUGAUGAUGAGCCGGAGGAAGACAAGGAGCUAAUGUCCAUGAUGCUCAACUUGAAAAGUCUGCACAUAGUGCGUCGGAUGCUGGAAAAAAACUCAGAGGAAUUACGGCACAAUCCGUCGAUGCACGGGCUCCUGAGCGAAAUCAUCAUACCUAACGUACAAAGUCAGGAACCAGCUUUACGAGAAUUUGGCGUGCAUUGCCUCGGUUUGUGCUGCAUACUUGACCAGAAAAGGCCAUUGACCGAUUACUCAUCUAAGAACGCGAUAAACCGAUUUGAGAACAACCUACUUCGUUAUUUCAAUGACGCAUCAGAUCCCUUAGAUGACAACGAGCUUAACCAAUUAAGAGAUAUCACUGAAUUCGUUGAAAGUCUAGAAGAGAUUGCGCCAACAUUAAGACCAUCCAGAUCACGGCAAUCGAAAGUUAACGCCCUGGCGAAUAUUCAAAGGGACCAGAGGGCAUUUGAUGAAAUUUCUGACGCUGAUUCGGAUUUAUAA